CAAAAGAGCUAGACCACGCAACAAGCACCAAAGUUCGAUGAAUCCAAAAUAACGGCCGGUCUUCAUUCCUCAACUCUCAACUACAGUGCGUAUUGGUUUUGGUAAAAGACGGUCCAAAAUAGUCGUAGUAACAAAGAUCCUCUUCUAUGAAUCCACAGAUACGGAAAGGAAUUGGGCAAGUAAAAAGACGAAUGAAGGAAUGCAUAGUAGAAACGAUAUAUGAAGUGACGGAACGCGGUUUGGCCGGAUGGAGAAAACCAGAUACAGAUAGAAUUAAAAUAAACACAGAUGCUGCUAUAAACCGCGGUGCAGGAAUGGUUGGCCUGGGUUGGGUUGCUCGAGACAGUACAGGAGCUUUUCUAGCCGGGGCUGCUAUUCCUCGAAAAGGUGUGUGCUUACCGAAAGAGGCGGAGGCUCUCUCUAUGAGAGAGGCGCUAAGCUGGAUUAAGGCAGCGGGUUGGGACCAAGUUGACGUGGAAUCUGACGCCUUACAUUUGGUUGAAGGAGUUCACUCGGCUUCAACUGAGUCUUCUUUUGGAUUAUUGGUAAACGACAUCAAGGAGUUAGCGACUAGUUUUUCUAGUAUUACUUUCUCCCACGUGAAGCGGUCAGCGAAUCGGGUGGCCCAUCAUAUGGCACGGGCAGCCGUUUCUAUGUCUGAUAGCUGUUUAUGGCAACACUUUCC